UUGGCUCUUCCGGUUCACCACCAUGGCGCAAGAUCAGGGUGAAAAGGAAAAUCCCAUGCGGGAACUGCGCAUCCGAAAGCUAUGCCUCAACAUUUGUGUUGGGGAGAGUGGAGACAGGCUGACUCGGGCAGCCAAAGUGUUGGAGCAGCUCACAGGCCAAACUCCAGUGUUCUCCAAAGCUCGUUACACCGUCAGGUCUUUUGGAAUCAGGAGAAAUGAGAAGAUUGCUGUUCACUGUACAGUCCGAGGGGCCAAAGCCGAAGAGAUUCUGGAGAAGGGCCUGAAGGUGCGAGAAUAUGAGUUAAGGAAAAAUAAUUUCUCAGAUACUGGUAACUUUGGCUUUGGGAUCCAAGAGCAUAUCGAUCUGGGCAUUAAAUACGACCCAAGCAUUGGCAUCUAUGGCUUGGACUUCUAUGUGGUGCUGGGCAGACCCGGGUUCAGCAUUGCAGACAAGAAGCGCAGGACAGGCUGUAUUGGAGCCAAACACAGAAUUGGCAAAGAGGAAGCCAUGCGCUGGUUCCAGCAGAAGUAUGAUGGCAUCAUCCUUCCUGGCAAAUAAAGACCUGUUUUCUAUUAAAAGAUCAAUAAAAUGAUCACUGAA